ACUAAGCCACAGGAUAGAAGAGAUCUGUCACCUUCAAUAAGAUUUACCGGUUGAUCUUCCUCCAGAUCAAAAGGAUCUUCAUUAUUUACUGAGAAAUAGCAUUCUUUCGAGAACGUGCUGCAGCAAGAGAACGAGAGCGUCAGAGAGAAGGGGAAGAACGAGCAAAUCGUAGAGCUAAAGCUGAAAAAGAAAGAGAACGGUCACAUGGAAGGGAAAAUAGAGAGAGAGAACGUGAGAGAGAAAGAGAGCGGGUUCGCGAUAGAGAUCGAGAUCGGCAAUAUAGACAUUAUCAUCAACAGUAAAUUUUGUUCCUGCAAGAGAAUCAAUACGCGAAUCUUAUAUUUUAGACGAUAAAGAAGAGGAACAACGCAGACAACUGAAGUUAAAAGAAAAACUGAAAUGGAAAUUGCUUUUAAAUGGAGAGAAAGAAGAUGGCAACAUAGAGAAGAAACAAUGGCAACAAAUCGUGAACUUAGCGGAAUGGGCGAUGACAUUGAAGUUGAUAGCGGUCAAGAAGAAUAUUACAAAGACAGAUCCCGCUGGUGGUUCCAUCGACAACAGAAAGCUAUGGAAGCAGAAUUAAAUAAUGAAAAAGAUAUUUUAACGCUUGCCACAAUUGGUGCUUCACAAAAUAAUAGCGUUAAACCAGAACUAACUCUUAAUCUUGCAUCAAAACAAGAUGAAUUAUUCUCUUUUGUUAUUGAUCAUUUAUGUAGUAAUAAAAAGCCAGCUGAAGACUUAAUCAAAGAAAUGAUUAUGAAAUUAUGGCGUAUGUUAAUUUUUGAAACGGAAAGUAAGACAAGAAAAAUAUAAAAUGAAGAUACAGCUUUUGAAAGGUUUUUAGAAUGGGCUAGAUAAUUCGAAGUAAUUCGAAGCAGUGGUACCAUAUAACACGUAGCCGGAGUUUUUUACGUAUAGUAUUGUCUAUCGGAUUCUUUUUAUUAAAAUGUGAUAUUCAAAAAAUUAAAAAUUAAAUAUAAUGAAAAUUCAUAAUGUUAUUCUUUUAUCAGUGGCAAAUUGUUAAAAUAAUUACUUAAGAGAUCUAUUUUUUUUUUAUUCUAUCAUUUUAAUGUUAUCAUUGUUAUCAUUUCUUAAUAUUAUAAAGAUAUAAUGCAGAAAAUCUCAAGAACAAUA